AUGCCCCAGCAGCAGUAGAAGCGAAGCGGUGGGAAGUCCUGGGCGCCUCUGUUUCGUCACACGCCGCGCUGGCCCUAGCCGAGGAGAAGUUUUCCAAACCCCCAUGCGUUUUCCUACGGGGAAAAUGUUGUUACAACAGGGUAGCUGUUUGUAGGUGUAUUUGAACGGAAAUCAUGACACUUUUGAGCGUUUAAGACAACAAAAGUCAGCCACAAUAGCACUGUUUUUCUUAUGCUGUAUGCGCUAGUCGGGGCAGUGUUAUUGGAUAGUAGUAGUUGUGGUCUAGACGAGUUUUGUCAACCCCCUUCUCCCCGGAGCGCUGGCUAACAUUAGCAGCAUAGCUGCUGCCUCUUCCAUACUUUCGUAGAACAACGGGAAAGUUGAGUUGAGUUGGGAGACAUGGCGGAGACCAAAAUAAUUUAUCACAUCGACGAAGAGGAGACGCCGUACUUGGUGAAAAUUCCCAUAGCGGCUGAGAAAAUCACUUUGCUAGAUUUUAAACAGGUUUUGAACAAGCCAAACUACAAAUUCUUCUUCAAGUCUAUGGAUCAGGACUUCGGGGUGGUGAAGGAGGAGAUCUCAGACGACAGUGCCAAGCUGCCAUGCUUCAACGGAAGAGUUGUCUCCUGGUUGGUGUCCUCUGAUACCCCAGCAGCCGAACCCCCUCCAGCCCCUCCAGUAGAGGUCCAGUCUCAGCCCUCACCACCCCCUCCUCCCCUGCCUCCACCUCCUGUCGAGAGGACGGGGGGCAUUGGAGACUCCAGACCCCCUUCCUUCCAUCCCAACACUGCUGGCAGCCUGGAGUCUUUAGAUGAUCAGACAGAGACCGAGUCAGUGGUGUCAUUCAGGAGAGAGAGACCUCGACCCAGAGAGAGCUUGGACCAACAUGGGCCGUGUAUGAAUGGGCAGUCCCGUAUGGACAGACACCUGGCUGGCUAUGAGAGUGCUACUGUGAUGAGCAGUGAACUGGAGACCACGAGCUUCUGUGAUUCAGACGACGAUGAUACAAUGAGCAGGUUCAGCAGCUCCACUGAACAGAGCACAGCGUCUAGACUGCUGAAGCGCCACCGCAGACGCAGGAAACAGCGUCCACGUCUGGAGAGAGCUUCCUCUUUCAGCAGUGUGACAGAUUCAACAAUGUCCCUAAACAUUAUUACAGUCACCCUUAACAUGGAGAAGUAUAAUUUCCUGGGCAUCAGUAUAGUGGGUCAGAGUAAUGAGAGAGGUGAUGGAGGCAUCUACAUUGGCUCCAUCAUGAAGGGAGGAGCUGUAGCUGCAGACGGACGCAUUGAACCUGGAGACAUGCUGCUGCAGGUGAAUGACAUCAACUUUGAGAACAUGAGUAAUGAUGACGCGGUCAGGGUGCUCCGUGAGAUUGUCCAUAAACCUGGACCCAUCACCCUGACUGUGGCAAAAUGUUGGGAUCCUGCUCCACAAGGUUAUUUCACUCUGCCACGCAAUGAGCCGAUCCAGCCCAUAGAUCCAGCAGCAUGGAUCAAUCAUUCAGUGGCUCUCACAGGAGUGUUUCCGUCCUACCCGAGCAGCACGAUCACCUCCAGCUCAUCUGUCACUGAAACUGAACACUUUGAUGAGUUCAACCUGUCUCUUCGCUCUGACAUGGCAUCGGUAGCUAAAGCCAUGGCAUCUCCCGAGUCCGGUCUGGAGGUCAGAGACCGAAUGUGGCUGAAGAUCACCAUUCCCAAUGCUUUCCUAGGUUCAGAUGUGGUAGAGUGGUUGUAUCAUCACAUUGAUGGGUUUCAGGACAGACGGGAAGCCCGUAAAUAUGCCAGUAACCUACUAAAGGCUGGUUUCAUCAGACACACUGUUAACAAGAUCACCUUCUCUGAACAGUGUUAUUAUAUAUUUGGAGACUUCAGUAAUUGUGAAAAUUACAUGGCCAACCUUUCUCUAAAUGAUAAUGAUGGUUCCAGCGGUGCUUCAGACCAGGACACUCUGGCGCCUCUUCCCUUACCAGGGGCAACACCAUGGCCUCUGCUCCACUCUUUCGCGUACCAGUACCCUCACCCCUACUCCACCCAGCCACCUCCUUAUCAUGAGCUCUCCAACUACAGCUAUGGCCCAGGCAGUGCAGGCAGCCAGCACAGCGAAGGGAGUCACAGCAGUGGCUCCACACGCAGUGACGGAGAGAAGAGAAGGGGCAGUAAAAGUGUAUCUGGCAGUACGGCGGGCGGCAGUGUACGUGAUGAUAAGUCUCCCAGUGGGGGCGGGGCUGACUCUCGUUCCGGCAGCGGCAGCGAAUCAGAUUACUCUGUUCGCAGCAGCCUGAGACGAGACCAUGGCUCAGCCACGCCCAGUGAACACAGUCGCUCCAGUCAGCGCUCGAGCCAGCGCUCGCAUCAUCGCGUUCCUCCACCUGCUCAUCUCGCCCCAUAUCCACCUGGAAUCCCCAUUCCUUAUAACCCAAUGAUGAUGGUGAUGGUGCCCCAACAUCCACACCCACACCUAGCACUUGGAGCCCCGCACCCACAAACACCUACUUUGCCGCCCCACCCUGGCAUGCCGCCCUCUGGCACCCCUGGUGGGCCUCCAGGAGCUCCUCCGACCCGAGACCUGGGCUCCGUCCCGCCUGAGCUGACAGCCUCUAGGCAGUCUUUCCACUUGGCUAUGGGCAACCCCAGUGAGUUUUUUGUGGAUGUGAUGUAAUGAAGUAUGUAGCCAUCGAUGUACAGGUGAAGGAGUGAAUGCAGAGAGGUUUGUAGUCACAUGAUAACUGUGAGUUCCACUCUGUGACCGACAGAGAUGUAGUUUACUGUAUCAGUGCAGCUCUUUAGAGUUAGUGUUUGUCCUUGACGGUAGGAACAGGGUUUACGGAAAGGUAGGGAGUCUUGCGUAGCACGGACUUCAACAUCUAUUUUGUCUUUGUGGUAUUCACCACAACAGGGUCUGGCCUUCUUAAAUGACUGAAAAAAUAAUAAUAAUUGGCGGAUUUUUCAGAGUCCUGUUAUUUUCCUUAAACGUUUCCACACAUUUCUCGAAGGCCUCUGAUAAGGAUCUCAUGAUUUUCCAGAAGACAUUUCUAAAAGCAAAUUCAGUUCACUUUACACACCUUUUUAAAUGACCAACAUGAUAUUCACUAGAAUUUUAACUUUAACCAUUUUAUAAAAAAAUGAAAAAAAAAAAAUGAAAAGAAAAAUAGUAUUGAAGCUUGUUUCAGUCACGGGAUAAAAACAUAAAAAGGCAUUUAUCUAACAGUUUAGUCUUUUUUUUCCUUGCAGUUUUGAGAAGAAAAGUCUGAAUUGUGAGAUAUAAACUCCCAAUUGCAAGGGGGGGAAAA